UGUAACUUUGUUCCUUUUUAAAACAAAAUGCUUCUGACUGCAACGAGAGCUUAACAAACACCAAUUGCUGUUCUUCUAGACUACAAUAUAAAGCCCCCUGUAUCAUGUGACAGACAUCAGCCAAUCACAGACUAGUAUACGUAUACCCUGUGAGCUUGUGCACAUGCUCAGUAGGAUCGUGUUCCCCAGAAAGUGUGAAUAUAAAGAGACUGCAAAAUUUGAUAAAGGAAGUAAAUUGUUCAAGCAUGGAUAACAUCUUCAUUUUCCUGACUCUCCUACUGCUGUAUCCAUGCAUCAACUGCAGGGCCAUGAAUGGCAACAAACCUUUGUUGAACAACAAACCUGAAGUGAGCGAGCUGAAUUAUAACACACAUUCUUUCCCUAUUGAUUAUUCCUGGGCAAGACAAAACAAGUCCUGUCAACAGUUCAUGAAACAUUGUCUUCAGUAUCUUGAGAGUCUUCCUGCCGUCUCAUUGCAUUAUGUUGGCCCAGCCCUUGGACUUGGUUUGAUGCAGGUGGGAUGCAUAUCAGAGACUGACACUUUCCUUUCAGAAUUUCUAAGAGAUGAAGAUACCAAGGAGAUGUUAAGACAGUUAUUUAUCCAGUGGAAGGAGUACAUUCCAUACCAUUCUAAUAAAAACACUGUAAAGAAGGGUCAUACGCUGGAUACUGAGGUUUUGAGGUUCAACUUAGUUUCUUUUGUGGCACGUUCAUUGUACAAUUGUACCCAUUGUUGUUCUGGUGUUUGGCAUGAAAAACAAGGGAUAAUGCUUAAAGGGAUUGAUAUAGAGAUACACAAGUCACUACAGGAGGCUAAAAAGCACUGUAAAGGGCUAGGGUCAUAUUGUGCAGGCAUUUAUUUUAACAUAUCUGGGGAAUUUCAUGUUGUGAAAAGGAAUGGUGCAUCUAUUGUCCCACAAAAUGGAUCACGGUUGUGGCUCCAACACUGUACUGAUGGCCGUAAAUGGCGUCGCUCAGUGGAUUCUGAUUGUGAGAAUGAGAGGGAACAGAGCAUAUAUAAUGUGGUUCAGUGGUUACCCGUGGUAAGUGGCUGGUACAGCGCAGGUACUGCAGUAUACUAUGCUACACAAUGUUGUGAGAAGCAGGCAGAGGAUCGAGCAAUAGAGGCAUCGCUGGAUUUGGGGUAUGAUGCUCUACUUGUUGCCACAUCUGGAGCUUCUGGCUUUGGUGUAGGAGCAGCUUUGAAGCCAGCAAUAAAAGCAGGUGUGAGGGCAGCUAUUAAUUAUUUCAAGCAACAGCCAGAGCAAAAUCAAACCACUCAGGUGUAUCCACAAACCCCUCUACCAAACAUGAAUGCUACAAUAUAUCCCUAAAUCUAUUUCAGUGGUGUUUCUGUUCCAAGGUUCAAUUUUGUUUUCUUUAAUGUAUUAAAAUAAUUAACCAUUAUAUCAGUCUUACUGGAACAAUUGUGCUACAUCAUUAUACUAUGUUGUAUCAGGGAUCAGAGAAAUGUCAUUGUUUUUGAGGAACAUUAAUAAACAUUGCUACUUUUGAAACCGA